UUCGUGUUUCCUUUCAUCACCUGUUUGAGUAAAUGAGGAAGUUUAUGAGUGCAAAGUCUUGCUGCUGUUUUCCUGUCUUCAUCAGUCCGCUUUCAAGUCGAAUUUCUGCUGUCCGCUUGCUCUCUUCUGUCUCCAAACAGUCUUCGUCUCUUAUAUCCCCAAACCCCACUGUCAGAAUGUCGUCUUCCGAGGCUCAACCCAAAGGCCCCAUCAAGAUGGCAAUACUGGACGACUACCAAAACAUAUCACGCCCCUACUUCAAAGACUUUCCCCCAUCCUCACUCGAAGUAACCGUAUUCACCGACACCAUCUCCCCAUCCGACGACCUACCCGCCCUCGUAUCCCGCCUUCACCCUUACAGCAUAAUCUGCACGAUGCGAGAGCGGACGCCCUUCCCCGCCGCGCUAAUCACCUCGCUUCCGAACCUUCGCCUCCUCCUCACCACCGGCACGCGCAACGCCGCGCUCGACCUCGCCGCCCUCCGCGCAGCCAACAUCCCCGUCGCAGGCACCGACACAGACCCAGCUGCCUCCGCCGGCCGCGCCGCCACCACCAAACCCGUAUCCAAAACGAACCAGCACACCUGGGCCCUGAUCCUCGGUCUCGCGAACAACGUCGCGCGCGACGACGCGGCCGUCAAGGCCGGCGCCUGGCAGGACCAUCUUCCCAUGAGCACGUACCUGGCCGGGCAAACGUUUGCGUGUCUUGGCCUGGGCAAGCUGGGCGUCAUGGCGGCGCGGGUCGCCGUGCUCGCGUUCGGGAUGCGCGUGCUCGCGUGGAGCCAGUCGCUGACGCAAGAAGCGGCGGAUGCGAAAGCGCGGGAAGCAGGGCUGCCGGAGGGGACGUUCGAGGUCGUGGGGUCGAAGGCCGAGUUGUUUGAGAGGGCGGAUGUGCUCAGCGUGCACUACGUCCUCUCGCCGCGGUCGGAGGGCAUUGUUGGCGCGAAAGAGCUGGCCGCGAUGAAGACGUCCGCUCUGUUUGUUAAUUCGUCGCGAGGCCCGCUCGUGGAUGAGGAUGCGCUGUUCGAGGUGCUGAACCAGGGCCGGAUUCGCGGCGCCGCGCUCGAUGUGUUCUGGAAGGAGCCGUUGCCCAAGGACAGCCGAUGGCGGACUACGGCGUGGGGGAAAGAUGGCAGAAGCCAGGUGCUUAUGACGCCGCAUACGGGGUUUGUGAGCGAAGAGACUAUGCACGGCUGGUAUAUGGCUACGGCUGAAAAUGUCCGGAGGUUCCUCGACGGUCAAGAGCUCACAACUCGGUUGGCAUGAGGCUCGCGCGGUUAUAUUUUCGCCUGUGUGGGGAGAUUUCUCGGUGGAGGCAACCAUGCUUUCCCGAUGGGUCAUGGUGUCGCGGCUUCCACGUCUUUGGCUACGACGUUUAGCUACCUAUGUUGUCUUGGGAUGGUAACUCCAUCAUCAACACCACUUCAUCCAUUACACGCCAUCAACUAGGUACCAAUCCGUCCGUUUAUACCCCAGCGGCGGUCGCCACAGUAUAUCACCACUCUCAUUAAGUGUUUUCUGAAACAAUACCGACCAAACCAUCACGUUCGGCGAAAUGCAGAAUUCUCUGACUCCAAAUUUAUCUCUCCACAGACUCAGGACGGAUGGAUUUAAUCUCCCAUAUCCAGACCGUGUCGCGUAUUUCCGACACAUUAUUCGAUUCCAGGCAACCGUGCCAGAAGCUUCAAAAUGCUUCGACAAUUUCC